UCUAAGCUUCGUCGCUCCUACAACCCUCUCGUCGAAACCUACCAAAAAUGGCCACCCAAGCUCGCAACUUCUUCCAACGCUUUCCGCCGGCAGAGUGCCUUGCGUUAUUCAUCGCAACCCUUGAGCUCGUGCCUUUCGGUAUCGCAGGUCUGAGCAACCCGUCCACAUUUGCCGAUGGCUAUGGCCUGCCUAUACAGACAAGUUCGGGUACAUCAUCAGGUUCGACCAAGCGAAGCGCCGACGGCCUUUUCACGGAAUCAGCAACAGAGUCUUCAUCAACAUCAUCACGCUCCUUUGAAGAAGACCAGAAGACCAAGAAGGCAUUGGUAGCCGCUAUUGCGGCGCGCAAUAUACAGAACGGCGUCUUGCUCUUCACCUUUGGUCUGAUAUUGAGGGAUCGAAGAAGUCUAGGAGUGGCAGUUGCGGCGGGCCUGGUCGCCACUCUUGCUGACACAGUAAUCGUUAAUGCCUAUGGUGCAAAAGAUAAAGUCGCUGGUCAUUACGUCGGUAUCUUCAAUAGCUUGGCAAUCGGUGGUAGCUUGUUGUACUGGGGACGCAACGACCCAUUGUGGUAAGCGGCGGCAUCACAAUGGACAUCUGCAAGAGAAGCUGGGGGGUAUCUCAUCGAGAGGAUCAUUCAACUGCAAUACGUUUCCUGAGAAAACGAACCCGGAAACUCGGAGAGACAGAAUCUUAACUUUCCAAGAUGUCAAUACAGGUAUCAGUUCUGAAUCGGGACUGGCGUUGCACAGCCACAUAUGGGAUCCGAUGUAAGGCAACAAUCUACUUUUCACGCAAAACGCAUCACCUUCAACAGUACAUGAUUUCUUGAUCUC